CGUACGUCGAACAACAGACCGAACUCAAAUGCCUCCCGAGUGCCUGGACGUCGAGGAGCGUAGCAGCAGCGUGCAGGAGAAGAUAUCCUGCAUCGAUGGCAGGAUCAAGGAGUUGCCAUUCACGCCGCCCGCCCGGCUAUGCGGUCGUCGAGCAAUGGUAAAUAAACUCUGGUGCCAAGAGGUAGCGAGGAAAUGGUUCUACAGGAAAGGCGAACCACCGCAUCCGCGUUCACUUUCCGAACCAAGAUGUCAGAGACACGUAGCCAGCUGGUUUUUACUUUAUCGUUGGUUAAUCUUCUUGGGCUGGGCUGUUAUCAUCGUGUGUUCGAUCUUCGAAUUUGGAAGUGUCAAACCUAUGCCAUUGUAUGAUAAGUGGCUGAUCUACUUGACCAAUUGGGAUCUAGUGUUGGGCUUGUGUCAAGCGUUACUUGGCGGUUUUCUCGUAUCGAGAAGAUGGAAGCAGCAAAAAGUAUCGGAUUUCGAUCCUUCCACGCUGGUGUUAGGAUCAAUUGACAGAGUUUACUGGUUCCUUUACGUCGUGACCACCACUACUGCAUUCGGAGUUACGAUCACCUAUUGGUGUAGUAUAUACGAUCCUAGUAUUCACCAUUUGGAUCCCCUGAACAUUAUGCUACACGUUUGUAACAGUAUUUUAAUGGUAAUAGAUUUCUGUGUCACAAGCAUUCCAUUUAGAUUAAGGAACUUCUGGUGGUGUUUAACCAUAGUGUUUUUUUACGUCAUCUUUUCGAUAGUAUAUUAUCUAGCAGGUGGAUUAGACAAGAACGGUUAUCAUUAUAUCUAUAAAAUUAUUGACUGGAAGAAACCAUUGCAAACUACGCUUGUAUGCAUAGGCGAAGCGAUCUUUAUAACUAUAUUGUAUUCUCUGAUGUGUUUCCUCGAGAGACUGAAGGAUAAGUUGUACCUUAAGGUCGAUAAAAAAUUAGGGACAGCGUAUACAGAAACACAGAUGUCUAAUACGGAAAAAAGUGCCGAUAUUGUUUGA